AAUCGAGCACACGAUCAACAAUAAAAGUACAACAAAACUCGUCUACAGAAUCGAUUACUCAAUCAACAAAGAAAGACCCCCAAAAUAACGAGCCAGUCGCAGGUCGCCCAAGAGUCGGCAAGCGUCAAUCCAACCCGGUGGUCGAAACUUUUGCCGGGAACAGGCAAUCUUGGUUGCAAUUUUUUACAAGCGGACCUCCAGCUCAGACUAACUUAGAAAAGAUAGAAAAGAGUUCGAGCGUCAAGAUGAUCACUGACGGGAAACCUGAUUUAGACGGUGCGACCAAAAUAGCACUGGCGGCUGAAGAAGGGAAGACAAAACCUGUUGCUGAUACACCGGUACUAUUUCCAUCGCCAAAGUUAAAGCCUGUACCGCUUAAUGUUGUGAUGCCAACAUUUGACGAGUUUGCGGUGAAUAAGCCCCGUAGGAUCCCAAAUUCACCAAUUCAACAAGCCCUUCACGCCAUCAAUUCUUAUUUCUUCCCACCCGAUAAACCUGUCGAAGGUAUUCUGCCCAGAUGGCUUGACGAAAUUACUCGUUCCACUGUUGAUGUCAAACGUAUUGCCAUCAUCGGUGUUCAUGGAUGGUUCCCUGCAAAGUUUUUAAGGGCCGUAGUUGGUCAACCAACGGGCACCUCGCCAAAAUUCUGUGAUAUGAUGGCAAAAGCUAUAUUGGGGUACCUUUCCCAACACAACAUCAGCCUUCCAAGUGAUGCGAUCACUUGCAUACCACUUGAGGGGGAAGGUACAAUAGAUGCUCGGGUGAAAUUGUUGUUUAAAAAUUUGACAUAUAAUAAAACCUGGUGUGAGGCUUUAUCUUUAGCGGAUGUUGUUUUUGUCGCAACACAUUCUCAAGGGACACCUGUCAGUACAAUUCUUCUCUCCCGACUUAUCCAGGAACGUUUGGUGUUCCCCAAUAGACAGCGUAUAUGCAUGUUGGCUAUGGCAGGAAUAUCACAUGGGCCUUUUCCUUAUUUGUUAAAGCAUCAUCUGGUAACAUAUUUUGUUGGUGCGUCGGAUGCAGCCAGGGAACUAUUUGAAUUCAUGGACACGGAAAGCAUGGUUUCUAAAAGAUACCACGAAUCACUUAAUGUUGUGAUCAAAAGUGGUGUCAAAAUAGUGUAUGUCGCGUCUCUGGAUGAUCAGGCAGUGCCGCUGUAUUCUGGAUUGUUCACGGGCCUCGAUCAUCCAUCAAUUCUACGUGCAAUUUAUAUUGAUGGUCCGUUAUACCAAGAAAAUGACUUCCUAACGAAUUUAAUAGUUUUCGCCAUACGGUUGCGAAACGCUGGUAUAAUUGAUCACGGUUUAAUAGUUCAGCUAAGUGAGGUAGCCGCAGGUCCAGUGUAUGGUGAAGGUCAUUCGGCCUUGUACACAGAGAUUGAU